AUGCCACGUCCAGCACCACUAACUGCUACAAGCGCUUACAAACUCCCCAACUACCUGGUGGAACAACAAGAGCUGACACCACGAACAUCACGAUUGCGAUUUAGUUUAGAGUAUGGCAGCCAUGAUGAAAUGGGCCUGCUUCCUGGCCCUCUACAACUGCAACCCUUGCUUCAAUCCUCUUCUGCUUUUGAAUUUAGGAAGAAAGAAACCCUUGAUUUUGUCGAUGACUCUGACGAACUAGAGCAACCGUCAAAACGAGGUCUGCUGCUUCUGAAAUACCUACCACUCGGAUUAUGCACGGUGCUCGCCUUUGUUCUCCUCGUUUCUGCCCUCGUUUCCUAUGAGAGACCGGGCGUUCUCGACUACUAUCUAUCCCUCAACCUCACUUCGAACUCAACUAAGAUCGGCAAUCUCAUUAUUGACUAUUCUAAUCGGACUUCGUUCCCACUGAAGCCUUUGGAAUACGCAGAAGAGUGUUGGAAGCACUUUAGAACAGCUCCACCGUAUCACGGAGAUUACUGGUCAAUACCAGCCAAUGGUUUUGCAGACGCCCUGCAUCCACCUCCCAAAUCCAAUUCGAAUCAAUGCAACUCGACUAUAACAUACCUCUUAGAUGGAGAGACUGUGGGAUUGACCGCGGAGCUGGCGAUCAUGGCACAGGCCGCAGCGUUUGCACGAGAGCGAGGCUCCACCUUCUUGGUUAUCGAUCGACACUGGAACCGUGGAAGGUGGGAUGGUUACUUUGAGCCCGUAGAGAAUGGUCAGCCAGGGCCAGAACCAGGGUGUCAUCCCCCACCGCCGGAAGAACUCGUGGCAUGCCCCAGGCUCGCGAGGCAUUGGGUGAUAACAUACCAAACUGCCAAAUUUCACCUUGGCCAUACUUUCUCGGAAGCAUACGAAGAUGCCCAUGCCCGUGGAAUAAAUCGUCAACGGCCCAUCUAUGAACGCUCACGCCGCUCUUUUCUUGGAGCCAUCCGUCCAAACAAACAUAUCCGAUCACUUAUCGCCAUUGCGCGAGCCGAGCUGUCUGGAUUGAAUCCAACGAGCGGUUCAUCCUACGUUGCGGUGCACAUUCGGAGAGGUGAUUCAGGUUCGCAAGCGUGGUCAUACCACGGAAAGCAGGUCCCCAUUUCGGAAUACGUCCAAACUGUUCAAACCCUUCAACAAAACAACAGUAGCCCAUUUCCCAUAUACAUCGGAUCUGAUUCAUCCUCGGCCAUCGAGAGCCUCACCAAAGCCCUAGAGACAAAACAAUUCGUCACCCUUAGAACUAGCUCAAAUCCAACAUUACGUUCCUUAGCUUACCCAUCGUCGCAACCCAAUGGGUAUCUACAGAGUGAUUGGACAUCAAGUGGCGUUGCAUUUCAAAAGUGGAGCACCAACGAAAGGAGACGGUACAUGGAAGGGAUGUUGGUCGACCUGGCUCUCCUUUCUGGGCUCUGGAAUGACGAUAUUGGUGAUCACGAUUCCGGCACCCUGAAGCUGACGAGACUGAGCAAGGUCAUAUGUACAAUAAUGUCCACUAUCUGUCGCGUAAUGGCAUUGGGAUUGGGGUUCGACCACGCAUUUGGUGAUGAGAAAGGGCUCGAUUGGGUUGAGAUCGAUUCAAAAGGGGGAGUUGAGCCUGUUUGGGAAGCAUUUGCGUUAUCAUUUGCUCGCUAA